GCACACGUACGGCAUCUUCCAGGAAGAAAGCCCGGAGGAAAAGCUGAGAAACGGUGAAUGACCGGCGUCUGGCCGCUGUAAAGGACAUUUUCAGGCGUCUCCAGUCUCUCAUAUGCUGCCGUGUGGACGGAGCCUCUGUCGACAUGCUGAUUAAAGAAUUCCGAGUUGUCCUACCCGUUUCAGUGGAGGAGUACCAAGUGGGUCAACUGUAUGCAGUAGCAGAGGCCAGUAAGAAUGAGACGGGCGGAGGAGAAGGUGUGGAGGUGAUUGAAAACAAACCCUAUGAGAAGGAUGGAGAGAAGGGACAGUACACCCACAAGAUCUACCACCUGCAGAGUAAAGUGCCAAGUUUUAUUAGUGUGCUAGCGCCGAAAGGUUCCCUUGUGGUUCACGAGGAGGCCUGGAAUGCAUAUCCUUACUGUCGAACCAUCCUUACGAAUGAAUACAUGAAAGACAAGUUCAUGGUUAAGAUUGAGACGUGGCACAAGCCUGACAUGGGGGACCAGGACAAUGUCCAUGGACUGGACCAAAGCACAUGGGAGGAAGUAGAGGUAGUUAAAAUUGACAUUGCUGACAGAAGUAGCGUAAGUUCAAAGGACUACAAUCCAGAAUAUGAUCCAGCCAUCUUUAAGUCAGAGAAGACAGGCAGAGGGCCUCUGGGACCUGACUGGAUGAAAGAACUCCGUGACAACCCCAACUGUCCACACAUGUGUGCCUAUAAGCUCGUCAGUGUUGAAUUCAAGUGGAGGGGAAUACAAAACAAGGUGGAGGGCCUCAUUCAAAAGGUGGAGAAGCGUUUGUUCACCAACUUCCAUCGACAGCUGUUCUGCUGGAUCGACAAAUGGAUUCAUCUGACAAUGGAUGACAUACGACGCAUGGAGGAGGAGACGAAGAAGGAGCUGGAUGAGAUGAGGAAGAAUGAUGAAGUUAAAGGCCUGGCAGCUGACUGACAAACCCAAUCGCUCGCUGCUACAGGAGGAUUUGACGUCAUCCAGCAAGCUUAGACUACUGUCCUAGGACACUGGACCUAGAAAAGCUUGAUAGGCAUAAUCAAGAAUACCUUACUUCCAUCCUAAUAAAAUUUGCUCUUAAUAAGAGCUGAUUAUUGAAAAGCAGUUGUUUGUAUUUAUGUACAUCUACAUUUGAAUACAACCACAGCAGCUUUUAGGUUUUUAAAGAGGCAAGUUCACAAGUUGAGGAAUCGGUUUUGAAGUGUUCUUGCUUAUGCCUAUUGGAGCUUAAAAUUUAAAACAUCAGGGAAAUGGUUUGGGGAGUCUCUGAAGAGACAUUUCUGAUUGCUGUUAACCUUUUUUUUUUAAUGGAACUUAUAUGGGUUUUGUUCUUUUUCUUGAUUUUACAGUUUCCAGUACACAGUGAUUCAUUGUUUACAAGACACAUUUUCCACAAGUCUUGUGUCAACAUCCACAAAUGCUCCAGAGUUACUAGGAUCUUAAGAUGUUUUUCUAAUAAUUCAGUAAAAUAGAAAAGGCUUCAGUGCUUCUGAGAAAAUGUUGUCAAUUUGAUCUCUCAAAGCUUUGUCAAACUGGAAAUUCCCCCGCCCUCCUGUGCUAAAACUGUAUUAAAGUAAUGUGAUUGAUGACAUACUGUACAGCUUGUGAUUUGGGUAAAAACUAUUACAUGUGAGAAUUUACUUUGAAAAGACUCCACUGGAGACAUUUAAUAUACUUUCAGAGUAGUCUGGGCAGACUGCCCUUGCUGUUGGUCAGAUGGUUGGGGCAGCUUCAUAAGAUGCCAGCAGCUGUUUUGUAAUUAUAACUUUGGGUGAAGGUUUUCAGUGUUGAUGGUGAUAAUAUGAAAGGUGGAUGUGAGCUCUGUGCAGAUUUCAGAAUGAUGUCACAUGAAGCAGUUCUGUCUUCCAUCUUUUCAAAACUUUGGCCUGCAUCAUCAUCUAAGUAUUGUCCUGUGCUCAAAAAAAUAAUAAACUGGGUUUUAACGUAAUGAAUAUGAUUGUUAAGUGUAUUAAAGACAACGUGUUUGUUCUUUG